ACAGUUGUGGCCAACCAGCGGGUGUAACAUCGCAACUUGAGGAGACAGUGAAGGGAGAAAACAGCCUCCCUCUGUCUGUAGUAACCGUAUCAGCCACGGAGAACCGGACGGUUGUUACCCCACGAUACCUGGACACGUCCUCCCGCCUCCCGCAGGAUGAGUGUCGGUGCUCCGAGGGCCCUGGCCAGCUCGGGGCAGAAGCCCAUCACGGAGAUCCUCCACCCGCUGUCCGCAGCCGAGGAGCCGCUCUCCGUCCCCGUCGGAGUGGACAAGCAGGAAGUGGGGCUGACCAAUGGCACGCCGGUGGAGACGUCGAGUCCCGCUUCCACGUCCUCGCUCUUCAACCGGCUGCAGCUGGACGACGACCUGGAAGCAGAUGUGCGGGACCCCUACGCAGACAGCACGGAAAUGCGUGACCUUUUCGUCACCGUUGACGACCCAAAGAAGCACGUCUCCACCAUGGAGACCUACAUCACCUACAGAGUCUCCACCAAGACAUCACGGGUGGAGUUUGACCUCCCGGAGUACUGUGUGCGGCGGCGAUACCAAGACUUUGAUUGGCUGAGGAUCAAGCUGGAGGACAGCCAGCCCACCCACCUCAUCCCUCCGCUGCCCGAGAAGUUCGUGAUGAAGGGCGUGGUGGAUCGUUUUUCGGAGGAGUUUGUGGAGACGAGGAUGAAGGCUCUGGACAAGUUCCUGAAGAGAGUUGCCGAUCAUCCCGUCCUCUCCUUCAACCCACAUCUAAAUGCUUUCCUGACGGUCAAGGACCUGAACAAGCGUCAGGGUCUCGCCCUGCUGUCCAAGGUGGGCGAGUCGGUGAAGCACGUUGCCGGGGGUUACAAGCUGCGGGCGCGACCGGCAGAGUUCUGCGCCAUGGGAGAAUAUCUGGACACCUUCAACCAGAAACUGGGAACCAUCGACCGCAUCGCUCAGAGGAUCCUCAAAGAGCAGUCAGAGUACCUGACGGAGCUGCGUGAGUACGGCGGUGUGUACUCAAGCUGGGUGGGGUCUGAGGAGGAGCUGCGGCGCCCCCUGGAGGGCGUGGCCGGCUGCGUGACCACGAGCUGCGGAGCGCUGGAGGACCUCGGGGACAACAUGAGCCUGGACUUCCUGCCUGUGCUCCGAGAGUACGUCCUCUACCUCGAGUCCAUCAAGAAUGUUUUGAGGAAGCGAGACCAGAGCCAGGCGGAGUACGAGGGCCGACUAGAAGCAGCCAUACUGCGCAAACAGGAGGACAGAACGCCAAUGCCGCUGGAGGUGGAAAAGUGCCAGGACAAAGUGGAGUGUUUCAACGCGGACCUGAAGGCCGACUGGGAGCGCUGGCAGAGCAACAAGAGACACGACUUCAAGCAGCUCCUCACCGGCAUGGCCGACAGAAACAUCAACAGCUAUGAAAAGAGCCAGGCAGCGUGGGAGUCGCUCAUCACUCUCCUCCAGGACAAACAGACUGAGGACAAAACGAGCGAGACGAGCUGAACCUCAAGUUUUUCUCCGUGUCACACACUCUCCCACGCCAAGGAGAAGCCGGGCUG